AUGGCGGGGCCAGGGGGCAGGGGAGCAGCAUCUCGGAGGAUGAAGGGCUCGCUGGGCGGUAGACGGGACAAGCUGCAGGGGGCCCCCAAGCAGCCUCAGCCCCGGCACGAUUUCCCAUGUGCACCAGAUGGGGAAAGUGAGACUGAGCUAGUACUUGAUGACACUGAAGAAAAGCAAGAAAGGGAGAAGAAACAUACCAACUUCACUUUGUGCAACGUUUGUAAUAUUCAGCUGAAUUCAGCUGCACAAGCACAAAUCCACUACAAUGGAAAAUCUCAUCAGAAGAGAUUAAAACAACUUAGCAACGGAAAUAUGAAAACUGAUAAUGGUGGCACAUGCCAGAGCCCUGCUCUCCCAGCCCUGGUGCGUCCACCUGCCCCGCCUUUGCAGCCCUCACUGGAUAUUAAACCAUUUCUUCCCUUUCCUCUGGACACUGCAGCAGCAGUCAAUCUGUUCCCCAACUUUAAUGCAAGCUUCUUCAAAACUCUUGGGGCCCACCAACAAAAUACAAUGGACCCAAUUCAGAAAGCUGUAAUAAAUCAUACAUUUGGGGUUCCUCUUCCUCAUCGAAGAAAGCAAAUCAUAUCAUGUAACAUUUGCCAGUUGAGAUUUAAUUCUGAUAAUCUCCUAAAGAAUAUCAAUGAAUACCAACUUACACUAAGAGAGAGCCAGGCUGCGGCCCACUACAAAGGCACUAAACAUGCCAAGAAGCUCAAAGCACUGGAAGCCAUGAAAAAUAAACAGAAAUCUGUACCUGCCAAGGACAGCGCAAAGACUACCUUCACCUCCAUCACUACCAAUGCCAUCAAUACCAGCUCUGACAAAACAGACGGUACCACAGGGACACCAGCAAUAUCAACUGCAGCCACCGUGGAAAUUAGAAAGAGCAGUGUUAUGACACCAGAGAUCACCUCCAAAGUGGAAAAGACCCCCACCCCUGCCACCCCUGGCAACCACGGCUCAUGUCCUUCUGCAGAGACUGAGGAAGAGAAGGCCAAGAGGCUCCUGUAUUGUUCGCUAUGCAAGGUCGCUGUCAACUCGGCCUCCCAGCUGGAGGCCCACAACAGCGGGACUAAGCACAAAACCAUGCUGGAAGCCCGGAAUGGGAGUGGGACCAUUAAGGCAUUUCCUCGAGUAGGAGUAAAAGGCAAGGGGCCGAUCAACAAGGGAAACACAGGCCUGCAAAACAAGACGUUUCACUGUGAAAUCUGUGACGUGCAUGUAAAUUCAGAGACACAACUUAAACAGCACAUCAGCAGUAGAAGGCACAAAGACAGAGCUGCUGGGAAACCCCCCAAACCUAAAUACAGUCCCUAUAAUAAACUUCAAAAGGGAGCACAUCCACUUGGGGUAAAAUUAGUAUUUUCUAAGGAACCUUCCAAGCCAUUGGCUCCACGGAUCCUCCCCAACCCACUGGCAGCUGCGGCAGCUGCAGCCGCUGUGGCAGUGAAUUCACCCUUCAGUCUCCGGACAGCUCCGGCAGCCACCCUCUUCCAGCCAUCUGCACUUCCUCCAGCACUCCUCCGGCCUGCUCCCGGGCCCAUACGGACCACCCAUACUCCUGUGCUGUUUGCUCCUUACUGAACUCCAAAUGGGAGUCAUUG